CAGCUCUGCACUCAUGGGAAGCAUGCAGCAAGCAAAGUAGCUGAAAAUAAUUAAGUUCUGAUUUGCUGAUGAAGCUGUUUAGAAUUCAUGGCUGAGAAGUAUCACAGGUGUGGAGAGAGGAGCGACCUGCUGAGAGCAUCCUCCAGCGAAGAUCAUUUGGAUUGGUUCAGGCAGCUGGGUCACAGAGGCCACCAAGGCUCAGGCAGUGCUUUUCUCUGCUCUCUCUCUCUUUCUCUCCCCCCUCCCCCCCCCGCCUUCCUUCCCCCUUCUCCUUAAUCCUUGGAGGAGGGGGGGCAGGUGGCAGAUAAAUGCUAAGGCGAGAGUGAACGGAUGGCGGAUUCCAUACACAUCUGGCAGCCUGGGAUGCUUGCUUUUUCUUCUUCGGGCUGCAGGGAGGGCUCUGUUCCAGCCAUGAAUGGGGAAAAACCUAAAAAAAAAGCUUUCUAUCUAGUGAGGAUGAAGCCACUGAAGGAGCCUGUUACCAACAACAACAACGUAUCUUUUGUGAUACACUGUCACAUAGGCAAGGAGAUCAAACAUAUAUGCAGCAACUGCAGUCGCGGGGAGGAAGCCCGUGACGCUGACGAAGUGGAAAGACUGGCUGCAAUGCGUUCAGACUCUCUAGUACCAGGUACCCACACUCCUCCAAUCAGGCGAAGAAGUAAGUUUGCCAAUAUAGGAAGGAUUUUCAAGCCAUGGAAAUGGAGGAAGAAGAAGAGUGAAAAGUUCAAACACACUUCUGCAGCUCUGGAAAGAAAAAUAUCAAUGAGGCAAAGCAGAGAGGAGCUUAUAAAACGAGGAGUCUUGAAGGAAAUCUAUGAUAAAGAUGGGGAGCUUUCCAUACCAAAUGAAGGAUCAUUGGAGAAUGGGCAGGCUCUGAGCUCCAGCCAGAUUUCACUACCAGGCCUAGCAGAACUGGAAUCAGGUUCCACGUCUGGGGAACCCUGUACAUAUGAGGUGCUGCCAACCACAGAUAUCAUGGAUGGGGCAGUGUCUGAAGAGAGCCCCACAUCCAGUGAGUCUGGAGUCCUCCUGUCCCAAGAUCCUUCAGCUAAACCAGUCCUGCUACUUCCCCCCAAAAAAUCUGCUGCUUUCCCUGGAGACCAUGAGGACACCCCAGUGAAACAGGUGUCCCUCCUCAAACAGCCCCCUGCCCUGCCUCCUAAACCCAUUGCCAGGAUUGCCAACCACUUAACUGAUCCUGGCGGUCCUAUGAAACUGCCUUGUAUGCCAGUUAAACUAUCGCCUCCACUGCCUCCAAAGAAAGUCAUGAUUUGCAUGCCUUUAGGGGGGCCAGACCUCUCUCUUGCAUCCUAUUCCAUGCAGAAGAGUUCCCAGCAGCCUUUGGCUUCACACCAUCACUCUGUACUGCCAUCCCAAUUAGCAGCACACCAGCACCAGCUUCCGUAUGGCAGCCACAGCCAUCUGCCUUCUGGAUCCAGCUCAUUACCUAUUCACCCUUCAGGGUGCCGGAUGAUAGAUGAAUUGAACAAGACACUGGCCAUGACCAUGCAGAGGCUAGAAAGCUCUGGUUUGCACCCAGGUGACAGUGUCACGAAAACAGGACCUGGAGGCCUUUCCGACAUGAGACAAGUGCCAACCGUUGUGAUCGAAUGCGAUGACGAUAAAGAAAAUGUGCCUCAUGAAUGUGACUAUGAAGAUUCUUCCUGCCUUUACUCGAGAGAGGAAGAGGAUGACGAGGAAGAUGAAGAUGAUGAUAGCUCAUUAUUUACAAGUUCUCUGGCAAUGAAAAUCUGCAGGCAGGAUUCUUUAGCAAUCAAACUUAGCAACAGGCCCUCCAAACGAGAGCUGGAGGAAAAGAACAUCCUCCCAAAGCAGACUGAUGAGGAGAGACUUGAACUGAGGCAGCAGAUUGGAACAAAGCUAACAAGACGACUGAGCCAGAGGCCCACUGCUGAGGAACUGGAGCAGAGGAACAUUCUGAAACCUCGGAAUGAGCAAGAGGAGCAGGAGGAAAAACGGGAGAUAAAGAGAAGAUUAACACGCAAGCUGAGCCAAAGGCCCACAGUGGAAGAGCUGCGUGAGAAAAAGAUCCUCAUCCGCUUCAGUGACUACGUGGAAGUGGCAGAUGCUCAGGACUAUGACAGGAGGGCGGACAAACCCUGGACGCGACUCUCAGCCGCUGACAAAGCAGCCAUUCGAAAAGAGCUCAACGAAUUUAAAAGCACUGAAAUGGAGGUUCAUGAAUUAAGCAAGCAUCUAACAAGGUUUCAUAGACCGUAGCAGUUCAAUUCUACUUGACUACUAUGCCAUCUUUAAAACCUAACUAAAAAGAACCGUAAGUGCUGGUAUUAUUCACUUCCUAUUACGUACAAUGUAAAUCUUCUGAACUGCCUUUUUAAAAUAAUUAAAUUAAAGAAAUAAAUGAAAAUAAGGGGGGAAGAAGCAAAAUGGAAAUUGUACUUACAUGUGAUGGGUACUGCUACAUCAUCAGAUCUGCUGGCACAAGCUUCGAUAAUAGAAAAUACCCCUGGUGGGAAUCAUACCAAGAGCUGGCAUCUAUGUUUAUGACUUCCUGGCAUGUGGAUUCACCAUAUUUGUCCAAGCCCAGCUUGUAAUGCAUCCAUUCUGUCUUCAGUCACCCCGCAUCCUUGCAAGUAUCUGUCACCUGACUCCAAAGAAAGCUGAGGCACUUGGUGUUGUUCUGGGAAUGACUGUGCUGGGUGAAGUCUCCAAAAGGCCUGCAGCCACGUUAAAGCACUUUUAGUCCAAACACUUUUCAGUUUAGGAGCACCUUAGAAGGACAAUGAGGGAAGAGAACUGCUCUCAGGACCUGCCCACUUUCCGAGUACAAAGAAAUUCACUUUCCAUGGAGGAGUUUGUGACUGGUUGAUCAUCACCAUUUUGGUUCACAAGAACAGCAUUACUUACUGAAGGCUGGUUUCACACAAUCAACUUUUUGUUUUCCAAACCCAAUUAUGACUCCACAAACAUUAAGUAACAAUAAUAUUGGUAAAUAACGAGCAAAAGGCACCGCCUUGACAUUGUGUAGUCAUUUAUACCUGUUCCUCGUGAUCGUAAAGGCAUGUCGAACACACUCAAAUCAGAAUAGCUGUGUUUGCCCUCCAGUUCACACAACUGUAAGGCAACAGCAAAUCAGGACAAAGGUCUGGAUUCCAAUAAGGUAUCCAUGGGAUAUGUAUUAUUCUGUACGUAUGAGAUUUUUAAAGGGCAGAUUGGGCAUAUAAGGCCCUGCACUUUAAUCAUAUUGAGAAUAAUCUUUUCUCGGUUCUGGUGUAGCAAAACUGGGCCUGGUGUAACAAAAAUAUACUAUUGUAUUGUUGUGGAUGGCUCAGAAUUAUCUGCAAUAUUUAGAACCAAGGCAAUAGGCAAAAACCCAGAGGCUUUUUUAUAUUGGCAUGCUUUUAACUGUUAAAAUGGCCACUUACAGCUCAGCACUGCAAGGGGGUGAUCACUCUAGCCCUGACCCAGCAAAGCACUUAAGCAUAUGCUUAACUUUAACUAAACAUGGGAGUAUUCACUUUGAAACCAAUGAGAUUAUUCAGAUGCUUAAUUAAAGUCAAGCACAUGCUGAAGCGCUUUGCUGGAUCAGGACCAGAGGGUUCAGCCUCUUGCAGUAUCCAGCCCCGAUACAGUAUAAACCUAACAGGCUGGAAACAAAUGUCUGUGAUUCCAUUCCUUAUGAGAAAAUAUAUUGCUGCACUCGAUAUAAAUGGGCCAAAAUGCUGAAGUAACAUUACUGUAAGUUGCAAUCUCUGGAUCGUGACUGUGGAAGAAUAUCAAAUGUUUUCCUUUUAAAAGUUUGUGCAGGGAGGCCUAUGUUUUCUAUGACAACGGUAUCCUUUGCAAGAGUUCACUUGCACACACAACCACUCACCCUUCCUCCCAUUCUUCCCUGGAGUGCCCUGGUAAUACAAUACCCAUCUCCUCCACUGAUUUCAGACUAGCAUCAGAUUGAGGUUGCUUUAACAGGUGUAUAUUAUGUGUCCAGUUAUGUGCAGAGCACGCUCAGCUCCUCUUGGACCUGUUUCUCACUCACUUACCCUGGUGUAAAUCAGCAGCAACUCCAUGUAACUCAGUGAAGUUACGUUAUUAUAAAGCCCAUGUAAAUUACAUCAGAAUGACGCCUAUUGAUUUCAUUAAGGAACUGAGGGUGGUCAGCACCUGCCAAGAUCGGGCUGUAUCCGAGAAGAGUGGAAGCGUUUCAGUCUCAUCUGAGGUCACCCGUGUGACUUAUGAGUGAGCGUUUGGGGAAUAGUGAACAUCUGUUACAGGGUGGAGGGCAUUAAAAAGAAAGAAAAACCUCAGCCAUUCCUGCAGGAGCCAAAGCACUGACUGUUGCCCAUUUUCCUCAUUUCUAUUUGAGGUAAUAGAUCUUUGAAGUUAUUUCCUAGCACUGUUUAGUGGUUUCGCAAUAGCCUAAAAAUAAAGGUGAUUCCUGCAUCCCCAUCACACGCACAGGAUAUACUUACCUGAACUUGUCAAAAGAAAAUAAUAAUCCCAAUACACUCUGGGAGAAGAAGAUUUAUCUCAGACAGAGGCAUCUAUGUAAAUAUGAUCUGCCAGUGACCAGUUGUAAGUGACUUGAUUGCAGGACAUUGCAGAAUAAAGUUAGUGGGGAAGUACAAUGCAGUUCCUCAGCCAAGAGUUCACCAGCAGUGAGAACCUAAUGUUCAAUGUUAUCAGCACAGUGCAAGAACAGCAGAGCAGGUAUCCGCCUCGCACAUAUUGCUGCAGUGUUUUUUCCCUGAAAUCACAAAGGUGUACAUAUUAUUAAAUUCACUCUCACAUAUGGCUUGAAAGAAGAAAACAAAGGUCUUGGCAUUUGUAUGUGCACAUUGCAUUAUGAAAUGGCCCAGAGACAUGGCAGCUUCAAACAGCUGCAAGCCCCGGGAUUCAGAACGUGACCUCCCACAGCGGCCCAUGUGUCCUGGCUUCUCUGCCUUGUUGUCUGAGGUUGAGUCAGAUGGGAGGGCUGAGGAAGCAGUAGGAUGGAAAUCAGAGUAUUCAGAACUUGUGUGUUGGUGGGAGGCACUAAGGAAGGGGUGGAUUUGGGUUUCUUGUUAAAGAGGAGGAAUAAGAGGCUGAGAUAAUGGGAUAGGCAUCCAGCUGUUGCUAUCACUGCAGACCUCUCAGGCAACACUGAGCCACUGGUGGAGGAGCAAACACAGGAAAUGCCACUGUAACAAUACAACCUGUCCCUGGUGCGUCAGGGCCAUGCUGCAACCCCUGGUUCACCUGCAAAUCAGGCAACCGGACUAAACUGGCCCUGCUCAAUGGUUUUCUAGUUUACAGUAGAGUUCUGGCUCUGGGUAUGGUCAUAAUAUUACAGACUACCAUGUGGCUGGAGAUAAGAUCCCACUGAACUCCCAGGAAGUUUUUUUCAGGAUUUGCUCUGCACCGAGACAAGAUGUGGAAGGCGCUUGAGGUAUUAUUCCAUUUGCCUGACGUUCUAUCAGAAGACACCACAGUUCCGCUCUGAUCUGAAACAGUAUUCAGUGGAACUGCCAUAUUUCUCAUGAGCUGCAGCUACAGCACAUUGUGGAGGAAUCCAAGUGAAAUGACCGGCGUAACAGCAUCAGUCCAUGCUGCACGGCUGGCAUUUCUUCUGUUUAGCAGGAGUUAUGCAGUGACAAGGCAUCUUCCUGAAAGGUGACUUGUUGGUGACUGAACACUUCAUUGUACCCUCAGUUUACUUACAUCACUCCACCUGACAGGCAUGGAAGUUUAAGACCAAAAUGAGAGCAGACUUUUUUUAAAAAAAAAUCUGUAUUUUCUGCAGAAGUGCAAAUGCUUUUCCCAUCAAAUACUCUGCUACAGCCAAGUCCACUGUGUUACUGUACUUGGGAUUCCAUCUGGAACAAGGAGUGAGCUUUUUAAAAAAAAAAUUGGCCAAGUAGACCUAAUAAUAAAGCAGAUAAUUUUUCUAUUGCCCGUUCUUAUCAGCAAUGAGUUCCAUUUGUACGAGAAGGAUUUAUAAUUAUAAUAGCACACACUUCACUUUACCUGAUUUAAAGAAACAAAACUAGGUUGGUGAGAGCAAAAUUUUCAUCUAUUCAUCACUGAUUGCUAAAAACUAUGUGGAGGAAAAAAUGCCAAUGGUGAAAAAGAAAAUAUCUCGGUAAUAAUCUAAUGAAUCAAUGGUGUUAAUACUUACAAGGUGUGAUGCAACAUCUGCUCGAGAACUUAUGGAAACAUUAGUGGAAAAUUGAAGGGGAAAAAACAAGGAGUUGUGGUAAAAAUAAUCAUAAAACUUCUAUCUAAAUGUUUUGCUUGAGAUAAUUUAAUAAUUUAGUUUGAGAAAGUGACACAAACUACUGAGACGUGAUGGUGACAUCUGUUCCUUCACCUAGUGUAGAAUAGAGCUGAAUGAACUAUUAAUAGUGAACAAUGUACUGUGCAUUAUCCAUUUCAGAUCUGAGUAGGUUUCAGGGUAUAAACUCUUUGGGGCAGGGCCUGUACCAUCUUUGUGCAUCUGGUGCCUAGGACACAUUACCAGGAAAAAUAGUGAAGAAGAAGAAUAGGCUUCUAUUUUUACUAAUUUAUUUAUUUGUAGUUAUUCAAUGAACCCUUGAGAAGUUUCAGCCUCUGGAUUACAGGCAAGCACUUCACUUUGUCAUUGACUAUUCUCUCUUCAUCAGGUGUGAUUGGUCACCUGAAUAACAUUUUACUGCUUCUGCAUGCCGACUGGACAGCUGAAACUUUAUAAACAGGAGGAGAGCACUUCCAAAAAUGACCACCAAAUACUUUCCAUUCACACACAAAUACCCAAGUUCAUAUGCAAAUAGGGUUAUGACACGCAGAACAUCCAUUCCCCAAUGUUCCUGCAGAUAAGCCCACUUUGUACAAAUAUCCAUGGAAGAAAAGGAUGAAAAGUUGGCCAACAGAAAUGGUUACAAAUGAUCUUCCCCACUGCUCACCCAGCUCUAAUUUAGUAUCACACUUCUGUAAAAACAAAGUACGUGAAGGGUACAUUAACUGCUUUUCCAUGCAUCUCACAUACUCCAGAAACAGUUGCAUUUUCCAGCUGAUAUCCAAGUGUAUGUACAUAGUUUGUCUUUGUAUAGGAGUGAAUGUGGUGACUGUCAAUCAUGUGCUCUUCCAGUAUUGUAAUUUAACAGAUUAUAACUGUAUGAAAACAGUGUAAAUAACUAGAAGAAAAAGUAAACUGGAUCUCUGUCCUGGAUUUUGUACAUACUGAAACUGCAUGGUAUUUAAAUUAUUGUUUGUCUCUGAUGUAUGCAGUUUCUUUAAAAAAAAAUCAUUUUAAAAGAAA